UUCUCAUUUGCCACUUACUGCUGCGAUCGCUAGAACUGGUUUUGCUGUGUUUGGGAGCCAUUAUGCACUUCACGCGGACUACUCUAAUGAGGCGCUCCAGAAUUCGGUGCCAGAGAACGCAGCCGCAGCCGGGAACUAAUGCCGGACUCCGAAGAUCUGUUACGCACUUCCGUUUCUUGUCCGUCGCUGCCAAUCGAGUUCUGAUGCCCCGCCCCUUCCGUUUUGGAAAAAAAAAAAAGCUUCCCCAGAAAGCCUUCUUCCGGCAGGAGCUGUGCAGCUCCUUAUGAUGGGGACAAUUCAUCUUUUUCGAAAACCUCAAAGAUCUUUUUUUGGCAAGUUAUUACAGGAAUUUAGACUUGUAGCAGCUGACCGAAGGUCCUGGAAGAUCUUGCUCUUUGGUGCAAUAAACUUAGUAUGUACUGGCUUCCUGCUUAUGUGGUGCAGUUCUACUAACAGUAUAGCUUUAACUGCCUAUACUUACUUGACCAUUUUUGAUCUUUUUAGUUUAAUGACAUGUCUAAUAAAUUAUUGGGUAAUGAUGAGAAAACCUAGCCCUGUCUACUCAUUUGGAUUUGAAAGGUUAGAAGUCCUGGCUGUAUUUGCCUCCACAGUCUUGGCACAGUUGGGAGCCCUCUUGAUAUUAAAAGAAAGUGCAGAACGUUUUUUGGAGCAACCUGAGAUACACACGGGAAGAUUAUUAGUUGGUACAUUUGUGGCUCUUUCUUUCAACCUGUUUACGAUGCUUUCUAUUCGGAAUAAACCUUUUGCUUAUGUCUCUGAAGCUGCUAGUACGAGUUGGCUUCAAGAGCAUGUUGCGGAUCUCAGUCGAAGCGUGUGUGGAAUUAUUCCAGGACUUAGCAGCAUCUUCCUUCCCCGAAUGAAUCCAUUUAUUUUGAUUGAUCUUGCUGGAGCAUUUGCUCUUUGUAUUACGUAUAUGCUAAUUGAGAUUAAUAAUUACUUUGCUGUGGACACUGCCUCUGCUAUAGCCAUUUCUCUGAUGACAUUUGGCACUAUGUAUCCUAUGAGUGUGUACAGUGGGAAAGUAUUACUUCAGACAACACCACCUCAUGUUAUUGGUCAGCUGGAUAAACUUAUCAGAGAGGUAUCUACCUUGGAUGGAGUUUUGGAAGUCCGAAAUGAGCAUUUUUGGACCCUAGGUUUUGGCUCAUUGGCUGGAUCAGUGCAUGUAAGAAUUCGACGAGAUGCAAAUGAACAAAUGGUUCUUGCUCAUGUGACCAACAGGCUAUACAGUCUGGUGUCUACUCUGACUGUUCAGAUUUUCAAAGAUGAUUGGAUUAGGCCUGCCUUACUGUCUGGGCCUGUCGCAGCCAAUGUCCUAAACUUUUCAGAUCAUCAUAUAAUCCCAAUGCCUCCUUUAAAGAGUACUGAUGAUUUGAAUCCUGUCAUAUCAACUUCAGCUAAACCUAGUAGCCUACCUCCAGAAUUUUCAUUUAACACCCCUGGAAAAAAUGUGAGCCCAGUUAUUCUUUUAAACACACAAAUGAGGCCUUAUGGUUUGGGUCUUAAUCACGGAUACACACCUUAUAGCAGCAUGCUUAAUCAAGGACUUGGAGUUCCAGGAAUUGGAGCAACCCAAGGAUUCAGGACUGGUCUUAUAAAUACACCAAGUAAAUCUGGAACUAACAACAGAAUUGGACAACCUAGGCCUUAAUGUACCUCUAGUGUGUAUUUAUGAGGAAUUUUGACUUCUUGACCUCUGAUUUGUUGUUAUCCAACUUUGCAUUGACUGUUCAAUUAUUUACUCAUUUACUCUAAAUGUUAGAGAAUAGUAAUCUUAUUCAUAUUUCAUGAAACCUAUGAAACUAUAUUUUUGUGAAACGUAUUUGGGGCAGUGAGAUCCAUCUAAAUGUAAUAGGCUUUAAAUAAGCUUGCUUUAUAGACUGUGUUUCUCUAAAUUUGAGUUUUGUUCUCUGUGGUAUUGUAGUUAACUGCUGUGUGGACAUAAACUUUUUAAGAGAACCACCUGAUAGAGUGGAUCCUGUCAUGUAAUUCAUAACGCAGCAUUUUCUUCAGUGAAAUUUGUAAACUUGCUUCAAUGAGUAACGCAUUCUAGGAAAAAAAAAGUUCUGAAAUUAAGUAAUUUUGUAGCUUUUCAAACUUUAUUGCUACCUUCUUUCUUAAGGGCCUCCUGAAUUCUGUCUUACAAAGUAAAAGCAAACCUUUUUUUAAGUAGACAUUUUAGAACAAUUCUAACAAAUUUCAAAAGUUUUAAUUAUCAGGGUUUUUUUUUUUAGUUUUUCUCAUUAGAAAAUUUUAAUACUGCUUGUAAAUAGUUCAUGGUUCUCAGUGUUUUAUUUUGGAUAAAUGAAUACCACAUCCUCUGAUGAUUUGCAGUGAAAGAAUAGUUUUUCUGUCUUAUGUAUAACUGAAUACUGGCAUAAUGAUAUUUUUAAGUUUAAUUAGUAAAAUACAUCAAAUUCCAUAUCUUUUCAGAGUUGAAUAAAAGUGUUUUGAGUUUAUAUAAGUUUACCAAAACAUAAGAACCUUAUAGUAUACAAUAUUGUUAGGUCUGCAGUAGGCAGUUUCUAACUUUUUUUUGUUUUGCUUUGUCAAAAAUAGUGAAUUGUUAACUGUCAGGAAAUAUGAGAAUCAUGUAGAUUGUGAUGUUUAUUUUGAUUGUUUUCCAGAUACAAAUUUUAAGGACUUUCCAUCAUGAUCUGUGUUACAAAAAAAUAUAACAAGUAGCAGUCACAAAUUACCUAUGAGGUUUAUUCAUUUUAUCGUAAAUUCUAUGAUUACAGUUUUGAAAAAAAGAAUUUCGAGAGUGCAUACAGCUUUCCUAGAAUCCAGUGUUCCUAGAGAUUUAUGACUUUCCCAGCUAUUGGACAGCUAUCCAGAGAUUUUUGGUUUUGUAAAAUUUGCAGCAGUUUCUUCCGUCCACUCAUACUUCCAAAUCCUAUUUCCUCACAGUGGAAUGACCAGCAUCCAAGAAAUUGCCUGUGACAAGCAGAAUUGCAGUUGUUCUGUGGUGAUAAGUGACCAUGUCCAAAAUAACUUUUGCAUGGUGAGGGGUCAGUCAUUGUCUUUGCCAUCUGCAACCCCAUUCAGGCAUUUAUUUGACCUGCUGAGGAAGUAGAGCCCACAGCUACCUGACUGCUAAGGAAAAUGAAACUUGGUAAAAUGUAGUAAGGCAACUUGUUCCUUGUCCUUUGUCUUGUGUUCUCCAGCUAUUACUGUACCUAUUAUUGGUCUACUCCUACAGGGUGAUUUUUCCUCCACUGACCUCAACUAAAUGUGAAUUGGGGUCAUGCAUGACAUCUGAAGGACUACCAUGUACUGAGUCAUGAUUAAGAGCUAUGUGCUACCAUCCCAUGCACAUCUUCUCCAUGGGAUUUUAAAAGUGUUGAGGUACUGACCACAGUUUUGUAUGAGGUCAUAUGCCUACUCCCUCAACACCUGUGCAGCUGUCCCACCAAAUGUGCUUUAGUAUCCACCUACACUAUUUGAGAAUGGGUACUCAGAGUUGCCUGUGGGUUCUAAAGGAACUGGCUCUAUCUGAUGAAUUUCAGUAAUGCCAACUGCUACAGGUGACAUUGGCCAAUGCAUUAUUAUAUAGAUAAGUCUUGUUUGCCAAGCUUUGGCCAGUUUCUGGAUAUGAAAACAAAGGACUUUGCCAGCAUAGAUCUAUAGGCUACAACCUUACUAUUAGAUCUUGCCACAGAAUCACCUGAAACUACACAAAGAAGGAAGUUUGAAUUAGAUUCUUGGCCCAAGAUUUAUGAUUGAGAGCCAGCUCCAUGGACUGUGUUGAGAAGUCACUGUAUUGUAAUGGAAAAAACACUGGACCAGGAGGCAAGAGAUUUGUAUUUCAAUCCUGAUUGUGCCACUAUGUAAGUAGUCUUGUAACCAGGAGAAGUCAUUUAACUUCUCUGAGCUUUCUGUCAUCUGUAAAGUUAGGGAGGUGAGUGAAUUAGCUGAUCUGUAAAAUAUCAGCUCUAAUAUUUUAUGGCUAACUCCGCAGAAUAUAUGCCCACUUGCUUAACAGAUUAUUGUGCCCAGAAUUUGUUUGCAGUCACUACCUCAGCAUACACCCAAGCCAUUAAUUUGAAGUGCAUGAGAAUAGGUGAACCACAUGCUAACACCAUUUAGAUUUUUGUUUUUUGCUUUGAUUUAAAUCUCUUAAACGGAUUUUCCUUAGACUUCUUUCUUUGUGGGGAAGGGUUAUUUUUGAGGAUGUUGGAGAAAAGAUUAAGGCAAGGUACCUUAGCUUCUGUAGGGUACAGAAGAAUGAGAUACACUUUUCCUUUCUUAUUAAUCUCUGAAGUAAUGGCUGGAAUUACAUACAUGCAUCAGCUGCUGGAGAGGGCCUGAACUUCACGCCUCUGAUUUAGCUGCUUGAAAACUGCCAAUUUUUGCUUAAUUAAAGAAUGUCGGUCCUUUUGGGGAGUGUGAUCUGCUUUUAAUACAAGAAAGUGCUUUUUACAUUACAAAUCAUUUUAAUUAAGCUGAUUAAAGAACAUAUAUGGAGUUUUCUCUGAUUUUAAAUAAUUGUGGUUUUUUUUUUUUUCCAACAGCUGUUUAUUGAUAAUUAGUGCAUAUUCAGCAAACAUUGACAGUCUUCUACAUGCAGACACUGUUCUAAGUAAAUAUGCAUAUGAUACCUCAGUCUUUGUGACCUGCUGUUCUUGGGGCAAGGGAAACACAAAGAUGAACAAGAAUCCCUUCCUUCAAGGAGCUGAUAAUCCUAGGAGGGGAGAUGAGACACAAAACUAUUGCACAUGUCAUCAGUUUAAACUCCUUCCACCCCUUCCUCUUUAGCCUCCUUUUCUGGCAUCCUCCUCUUUUCAUCCUAAAUGAUGAAACUAAGAAAGUAGAUUUCCAUGGGAGAGGAUAGCUAGGGAGGUGAUGGUGCCGUACCAUCCUGGUAUCAGUAAAGAAGAAAAAGUUUAAAAGGAGAUAAUUUUUUUAAUUUUUUAUUGUGCUUUUUUUUUAAGUGAAAGUUUACAAACCAAGUCAGUCUCUCAUACAAAAACUUAUAUACGCCUAGCUGUAUACUCCUAGUUGCCCUCCCUCUAAUGAAACAGCACACUCCUUCCUUCCACUCUCUAUUUUCGUGUCCAUUCAGCCAGCCUCUGAUCCCCUCUGCCCUCUAAUCUCUUCUCCAAACAGGACCUGCCGACGUAGUCUUGUGUGUCUGCUUGAUCCAAGAAGCUCACUCUUCACCAGUAUCAAUUUCUCUCCCAUAGUCCAGUCCAAUCCCUGUCUGAAGAGUUGGCUUUGGGAAUGGUUCCUGUCCUGGGCUAACAGAAGGUCUGGGGACCAUGACCUUUGGUGUCCUUCUAGUCUCAAGUCAGACCAUUAAGUCCGGUCUUUUUUGAGAAUUUGAGCCCUGCAUCCCACUGUUCUCCUGCUCCCUCAGGGGUUCUCUGUUGUGUUCCCUGUCAGGGCAGCCAUCAGUUGUAGCCAGGCACCAUCUAGUUCUUCUGGUCUCAGGAUGAUAUAGUCUCCAGUUUAUGUGGCCCUUUCUGUCUCUUGGGCUCAUAAUUACCUUGUGUCUUUGGUGUUCUUCAUUCUCCUUUGCUCCAGGUGGGUUGAGACCAAUUGAUGCAUCUUAGAAGGCUGCCUGCUAGCAUUUAAGACCUAAAAGGAGAUAAUUUUUAAAGGGAAAAAUUACCCUGUGAAGAAGGAUCAUUCUUAGGUGUAGAAUGCAUUGCCAUAGAGUUGGUGUGCUUUCAGACUCUUGGAUUAUAUAAGCAAACAUUUUAAAAUCACUAGAAUGAAAGUAAUGAGGCCCCCAGAGCAUUUGUUGGCUUAGAGCACCCUUUAUUUAAGCAGUUACUAGUUUAAAAUUACCUUUAAUAACAAUGAGAUCUUCAUCAUCAAAUUGCCACCCAAUGAGCCUAGCUUCUUGCAAAAAAGUUAACUUGGAUAACACAUGGCCAAGUUUUCUGACUAAUGCUGCAUUGGGUAAAAAUCCUUUAGUGCUGAAGUCAAAAAACACUAACUGUUGAAGAUUUUCAAAUACGUCCAUGAAGGCAAGCCAUCCAUCAUUGCUCACACAGUUGCCUGCCAAAUCCAGCUGCUGGAAGUUUUUCAGAGUGCUUCUCAAAAAAUGCACCAGGUAAAGAAAAAAGUCAGUUGGAAACAAAACAAUUUUUUAAGAAAAAAAAAAGGUUCUGUAUGUUUAUUUUACAUAUAUGUAUUUAUUCAAAAUAGCCGUAUUUGGACAAGUGCUUUGCUUUAGAAGGAGAACAGAAUUCUCUAUAGAUAGAGCAGUGAUUGCAAAUCUAUAUAUUUACAAAUUAUAUUUUCCCUAAAGUAUAACGGACUCUGAUAAGCAGCAGUAAGUAGUAGUUUAACAAAUAUAAAUGAAGUAUUUUUCCCCCCUUCCUGACUUUUCCAGGAAACGGAAGGUUGCUUAAAAAUUGAAGCAUGAAAGAUGCUAUUAAAUAUUUAGUACUUGUUUUCAAUACUGGAGUCAGAUAUCAGCAAUAUUGGGUCAUUUCCUCUUCUGGAGAAUCAAACAUUUCCUAACUAUUGUUUCUUUGGAUAUGGAAUGUUUGUUCCUAACUGUAAAGUUGAGUUAGUAAAAAAUCAUUUGUACCUAAGAUUUUUUUUUUUUUUUUAAAGUUCAGCCUCUCUUUAGCCUCUUCAGAAAGUUCCUUUACUCCUUCCAGUAUAGGGCACCUUCUAUAAAGAGAAGGUGGAUAUCCUGUCUUUCUGAUACACAAAAAGUGUAGACUUUUUUCAGGUUCAUUACGUCCCUGAGUGGUGCAAACAGUUUGUGCUCAUCUACUAGCAUAAAGGUUGGUGGUUUGAACCCACCCAGUGAUGCUACUGCAGAAAAGUCCUGGUGAUCUGCUUCCAUAAAGAUUACAGCCAAGAAAACCCUAUAGGGAGUUCCACUCUAUAACACAUGGGGUUGCCCUGAGUCAGAAAUGACUCAACAGCAAUGGGUUUGGGAAUUUUGUUUGUUUGUUUUGGUCUUCCUUUCCAUGUUAUCAGUUUAGAUAGUACUGGAAUUCAGUUGAGUUUUCCAAGAAGAAAAAAUAACUCUUUCAGGUCACAAUAUACAACCAUGCAAGAUGGCCAGUAUUCACCACUAGGAUUUUACAACCCGUUAGGUUGUGCAAAGUGGCAGCCCUACCCUCUUUUCUGGGUAACUAAGUUAACUCAGAAAUAUGUAGGUGGGCAGUCUGGCAGAUUGAACAAGGGAAAUCUAUUCCUUACAUGUUCUAAAUCUGAGCCAUCUCCCACAAAUUGCAGAAGACAUGUAUGCCUGGUUUAUCAAUCUGCAUUAUUCUGCUCAUCUCAGCAAGUUUGGUUGUACUGUAUCUCACCCAUCUUAGCAUGGGGGUUUAAUUUGUUUUAUACUAAAUUUGUGUUGUUGGGAGAUGUAUGAUAUUACAUAAUGUUAUGGUUCUGUAUUCAGGGUUCAAGAGAGAGACUUCUAGAAAAAAGCUUUUAAAAGUCUCUUUGUCUCAGGGCCGAAGACCACUGAUCUGCACAGACAAAAGGCAACAGGAAGCUAAAUAAUUCAAGUUAAAGAAGCAAAGCUUCAGUGCCAUGCAGCCAGUCAGAAGGUCAAUAAGCAAAGACUGUGUACUUUCUGCUACCAGUAAUGAGGGCUCCAGACAGGAACAGUCCUUUGUGUCUGAACAGCUUGUGUGGGUUGAGGUCAACUGAGGUAGGCACUGAGACUAUUCCUUACCCACUUUCAGUAAGGGUGUUUAUCAGCACCCCACUGAGGAGAUGUGGGAUCAGACGUCACUAUGUGGCCUUUUGUAACUUAUUCAGUGCCAAUAAGUACAGUAUAUGGAAUAUAGUGCUCAUUCCAGUUAAUGUCAGCCAUCAUUUUUAUCACCUUCAUAAGGUCUUGAGUUUAAAAAGCUCUUCAGGUUGUUCUUUACAUAAAUCUGAAGUGCAUGGACACUGUCUGACCAUAGCCAAGAUACUAGUGGCAAGAGUGGGCAAAACCAGGUACCAAAAAAGACCAAACCCGUUGGCAUUGCUUCAAUUCCAACUCAUGGCAACCCUACAAGACAGAGUAGAACUGCCCCAUAGGGUUUUCAAGGAUUCAAACUACUGACCUUUUGGUUAGCAGCCAAGCUCUUAACCACUGCACCACCAGGGCCCCAAGACCAGGUAAGGAAGACCAUUUUCAGGGUUCUACCUUCAUGUCUCUUUACUAUGGCUAGUGCGCUACAUGCCACUAAAAUAAUUUCUGGGCCAUCCUUUCUCUGCUCGUGUUGCCUUGCAGAGUGAAGCAGAAUGUUUAUUCCCCCAAAUUUGUCUCUCCUUAUUCCAUAGUCAUAGUAUUUUAGCUGGGCAUAUGACCACUCAGACUUCAUAAGCCAGUCUCCUUUCAAGCUAGUUGUAGGUAAAUUUUUGUCAAGGAAGUGUAGGCAGAAGUGAUGCAUCACUUUGGAAAAAAAAGUAAUUGCCCUCCACUUCCACAGUUCUCUCCUUCCAGUAGGUUGAAAUGCUUACAUGGCAGUGACCCAACUAUAACAUGAAGACAAGGACAAUACUAAGAAAUAGAGGGGUCAAAAGGAAGAAAGUCUCUGGGUCUGUGAAAGACCACACAGAGCAAAACCACCCCACCUGCCUGGCCUGUUCACUUCUGGACUGUUUUAUGAGAGGGAAAUAAAGUUCUAUCUUUUGUAAGCUAUGUAAAAAUGGGUCUCUGUUAUACCAGUUUAGUCUGUGCCCAGCCUAACUAAUUCAUAGGGCCUCCAUUUUUCCUUUUUCCCAUUAGGAGUCCUUCUUUAUUCCUUGUAGGGUGGUGGUCUCCCUGCUCUCUUAUACUGCGUGUCCUUUCUGACUUACCCUCUUUUCCAUGUGUUCCCCAUCAUGGCAUGUGUCAUAGUUAUCUAGUGCUGCUAUAACAGAAAUACCACAAGUGGAUGUCUUUAACAAAGAGAAAUUUAUUCUCUCAGUUUAGGAGGCUAGAAGUCUGAAUUCAGGGCACCAGCUCUAGGGGAAGGCUUUGUGUCUCUGUCGGUUCUCAGGGAAGGUCCUUGUCAUCAAUCUUCCCCUGGUCUAGGAGCUUCUUAGUGCAGUGACCUGGGGUCCAAAGGAUAUGCUCUGCUCCUGGCUCUUUUUUCUUGGUGGUAGUCAGGUUCCCUCCCUUUCUGCUCACUUACAUCUCAAAAGAGACUGGCUCAAGAUACAACCUAAUCCUGUAAAUUGUGUCCUGCCUCAUUAACAUAACUGCUUCUAAUCUUGACUCAUUAACAUCACAGAGGUUAGUAUUUACAACGCAUAGGAUAAUUACAUCAGAUAACAAAAUGGGGGGACAACCACACAAUACUGGGAAUCAUGGCCUAUACAAGUUGACACACAUUUUUGGGGGGGGGGCACAAUUCAACCUGUAACAGUAUAAUCUGUAACAGUAUGCAUGUAGUCAAAAUGCUGGUUGCCAGUUUGUGUAUCUGUAUGUAUAUCAGGCUCCUUCCCCAAAGAGCAAGUUCUUUUCUCCUUCUUGCCUAGCAGAACAGAUUUCACCACUGUUAUGGACUGAAUUGUGUCCCCCCAAAAUAUGUGUGGUAAAUCCUAACCCCUACACCUGUGGAUGUAAUCCCUUUUGGGAAUAGGGUUUUCUUAAUGAGGCCAUAUCAGUUUGGGUGUGUUUUUGAGAUAUAGAAGAGAUUAGGCACAGGAGCAAACAAGCACAGAUGGGGAAGAUAGAUACACAGCACAUGAAGAUCAACAAGGAACCGAGGAAUAGUAGCUGAAAAGAGACAAGCCCUUUCUCCCCCCAGAGCUGACACAGAGAGAAAGCCUUCCCAGGGCCAGUGCCCUGAAUUUGAACUUUUAGCCUCCUAAACUGUGAGAAAAUAAAUUUCUGUUUAUUAAAGGCACCCACUUGUGGUAUUUCUGUUAUAGCAGCACGAAGAAACUAAGAUAGCCACCUAAAAGGAACUGAAGAAUUUAAAGCCAAUUCCACCCUGAGAAGGUGAGCUAUUUAUAGAAGCUAUCUUUUAUCUGCUAAGGUAGGAGGACUUUAAUAUCAUCAACUUGAUAAAAGAGCUUCUCAGUUAUUAGAAUGUGUGCAAGCAUAGGGAACAAGAAUGAGCAACAUUUUCCAUAAUCCAAGGGUAUGCAUUUGGUUCCUUUAACCUGCGCAGUUUCUGUCACCAUGAGAAGCAGACUAGAUCUGAGAGAAAAAGAAUCCGUGACAUUUAGAGCUGGAAGCUCUUCGUUGGCUGUGGAGAGUACAAACAUCUUGAUCCAAAUUCCAGGCAAGAUCUCAAAUGCUCUGGGCAGGAUUCUGAUCCUUGAAGGGUCCGGCAUUAUAAACAAAACUCUAAUAUUGCCAGAGACCAUUUCUCCAUUCAAAUGAGCCAGAACUCUUGUCAUUUAUUCGUUCAGCAAACGUAUUCAGUGCCUGCUUUGUAUCCAAGGGAACAGUGGUGGUUCAGUGGUAGAAUUCUUGUCUUCCAUGCAGGAGACCCGAGUUCAAUUCCCAGCCAGUGUACCUCAUGCACCUCAAGUGCAGCCACCACUCGUCUGUCAGUGGAGGCUUGUGUGUGGCUAUGAUGCUGAACAGGUUUCAGCGGAGCUUCUAGAUGAAGACAGACCAGGGAGAAAGGCCUGGUGAUCUCCUUUCAAAAAAUCAGCCAGUGAAAACCCUAUGGAUCUCAAUAGCCCAAUCCUGUUGUGCAUGGGGCACAGCAACAACACCAGCAACUGUGUACCCGAGAUUAUCUGGAUGCCGGGAUAUGUCACAGGACAGAUGUGGUCCUUGUUCCAUUGGGCUUAUAAUAUAGUGUGAAAAACAUACAUUAUAAUUAGGUGAAACGUUCUGUGCUAGGUCAUGGUGCAGCUCUGAAAGCACAAAAAGGCAAUAGGCCUUCCAUCUCUACUUUGUUCCCAGAACACUGGCAGUUGGGCUUAUGUGCUCUAAAAGGAAGACCAGAGGAUCCUUCUCAGGAGAAAUUAAACAGCCUUCAAGAAAAGACCCUACAUUAUUGUAAUUGCUGUCAAUAAGUUGUACACCUGUAAAAAGUUGAAUGGGCAAAAGUUGUGUGAUAGAUAUAUUUACAACAACAAUAACAGAAAAGUAGCUGCUGAGGCUGCUUAUGUGUACAACCAAACACAUCAUGGAAUUUGGUUCCUUGGUUUGGAGGUUUACGGUCAUGGUUUCAUGGAACAUCCCAGUUAAUUGGCCUAAUAAUGUUUAGUGCUUCCGUUCUACCUCUUUGUUGAAUAGUUUCUGGGGUCUUAAAAGCUCACAAGCAGCCAUCCAAGGCACAACAAUUGGUCUCUACUCACCUGGAGAAACAGAGGAAGAAGGAGAGUAAAGAAUAGGAAGAGGAUAUGGAAUGCUUGGCUAAUUGCCUCUAUGAACAAGUGCCACCUUUGCCAUGAGACCAGAAGAACUGGUUGGUGCCUGGCUACAAUUGCUGAACAUUUUGAUCAAAGAUUCCAUAGAAUCAAAAGAGAGAAAAUGCAUAAGAGAAUUUAAAAUUCUCAUGGACUUUAAAGUUUCUGGAGCCAUGGAGGGUGGAUGAACCCCUGAAACUAUUGCCCUGAGAUCAUCUUUAAACCUUAAACCAAAAAUAUUCCCUGAAGUCUUCUUAAAACCAAAUAAUAGUUUAGCUUAACUAGUAAAAAAUGUCUGCCUUGAGCAUUAAGCUCUUUUAAAAACUAUAUGGGAUCAAACUGAUGACAGCAACUUGAAAUAUUAGAUAGGAAUCUUAGGGGACAAUGAAUUUAUGUUAAUGAGGGAGGAACAACUCAGAAAAGGAAGGUGAAAAUGGUUGCACAACUCAAAGAAUGUAAUCAGUGUCACUAAAUAGUUCAUGUAGAAACUCAAAUUGGUGUGUUUUGCUGUGUAUAUUCUCAACAACAACAACAAAAUAAAUUAAUAAUAAAAGAACCAAAAAAUAAAAUAAAAAUCACUCUGGAAAAAAAAAAAA